AAGAACGCUGAUUUUCAGCAUGUAAGUGAAAUAGAAGUAAUGCCUUUCAUCUAUUUUUGCUCCAACAUCAACGAACAUCAAGCAAUCUAACUCUUAUCCCCCUCCGUUUUUAUUGCCAUUUCUCCAUCUCCGUUCUUCUUCCUUUCUUUUUCCCUUCCAUUUCCAUUCUCAAACUCUCUCUCAUCUCUUAGAAUUCCCGAGAGAGAGAGAGAACCAUGCCGUCCUCCUCAGAUUCCUCUCGAUCUCCUUCCCCAAAACACCAUAAUUCCAAGAAAGGACCAGAAUCGGGUCCCAUCCCAAACCUGGCCCCAAAUCACCAGCAACUGCCGCAUUCCGAUGUCCAUCCGCCUCCCCCGACCUAUGCACCCCCAAUAGGGUACCAUCCCCAAAUGGGUUCCCAACCCGAACAAUAUCCGCCCAAUUACUACCACAAUGGGUACAACCAAUGCGGCUACGCACAACCGCCACCGGCCUCCUAUUACUACCAGCAAAAUUACACCAACGAUAGGAGAGCCACCGAAUUCAUCCGCGGCUUCCUUUGCGUGAUUUUCUUUUUCAUUUUCCUUGUUUGCAUUUUAAGCAUCACGACUUGGAUCAUUUUGCACCCCGAAAUCCCAACUUUCCAUUCGUCGUUGAUAACUCUAACAAAAAAAAUGAGAAUCUACUUCGAUCGGAUCCAGAGUUCGGUGUACUACGACGAUAGCAAUCCCGUAGGUUUUGCUUACAGCACGCCACUCUACUUGGAAAAGGGGACGAAAACGACGAUGGGUGUCCAGAUAUCGACGAACGGAUCCGUGGAACAAUCGGUACCCAUUUGGGUGGUGCAGGAGAUGGAGAAGGAACGGAAUACCAGAGGGUCAGUGACGUUUAGUUUGAGGUUCUCCAUUUGGUCAACGUUCAAAUCGGGAACGUGGUGGAUGAGGCACAUGUCCAUGAGAGUUUUCUGUGGAGAUUUGAAGUUGGAUUUUGGGGCGGGAUCCGGGACCGGAAAUUUGGCAGCUGAAAAACGCGAUAGUUGCUGGAUUUAUGUGUGAGAAAUUUGUUGGUGUCAGGUAGGCUUUUGGAAAUUUAGGGAUGCAGAGAUUUGAAAACAAAAAAUUAAAAACAUC